CAUCCCCCUUCUCUUCUUUUCAAGCUCCUUUAUCUAGUUGAUUCGGUUGGAUAUGCUCUGUGUGUCCAUUCUUGGGCUUGAAUCUUUUAAGGCUUAGCUUCUGCCCCAAAUUUUGCCAAGGGAUUCCCCUGAAGUCAGUUUUUUCAUCCACAAUCACCAUACUGUGUGUUUUCGAGUGACAGCAAUUGAGGUUUUCCUGCUUGGAUUGUUUUGUUUUUAGACUUUUAAGAAGUAUGAUUUCGAAUCUAGUAAGAAGAGUAGACCUCUUUUAGGGGAAACAUCAAAAUAAAAGGCAAGUUGUCCACCAAUGUCUUUUGUAGAUGUGGAAUCAUCAUUCAGGACUGUUGCUCCACAGGUCAAAAAAAGGACUGUUGCUCCAUGUGUUUCCUCUUGGUGUGAAUUUUUCAAGCACAAACGUAUACUAAUGUUUACUUGAUUUCUUUCCUAAACGUUCUGUUUGUACAUUCUGGAUCUUCCCUUGUGAGAUAUAUAUUGGCUACUUCUAUGUUGAGCUAAAUUCUCGCACUCUUUUUUUUUUCUUCUUCUUAUUUGCACUACUAUUGGAAAGAAAUUAUUGAGCAGGCUUUGUCUAUGUCUGUCUUCUGGUACUGUUCUCAACUUUCGGUGAUGCCAGGAACUUCACUUUACUAAAGUUCUUGCAAUUAUUAGUUGUGUUCUCUUACUCAGACACGUGGAUGUUCUGCCUUGCAUCAAUGAGCUUUUGUUCAAAUUGCAUGAUUCAGUUUACUGAAUUAUCAACUUCUUUUUUGCUGCGAUUGCAGGUUUUGUGGCACUCUAGGUGCGCCAACUUCACUAAACAAUAGCACGAUCCUAAGAUCCUCAAUUUUCCCGACAUUUCCUUACCCCAAAGUCCAAGAAAAUAACAAUGUUCUUGCUCUAUACAACUGCCCCCCUGUAGCACGUUGAUGUAAGGGAGUCCCCAAUUAUUUUAUCCUGGUACACCAACCACCGCAAUGGUGCUCCCAACCUUACCGGUUACCCUCACAUUCCUCACACUGCUAGCUCUCUUGUCGAUUGCCAAGGCGGCUGAUAACAACUCCACAACCUCUGGCCUUAUCCUCCUAAAUUGCGGAUCAUCAACCCAAAACGAUGAUGAUAGUGGUCGUACUUGGGAUGGGGACACCGGCUCCAAAUUCGCGCCAUCAAUGAAAGGAGUUGCAGCCAUUGCUUUAGGCCAAACCCCUUCACUCACCCCCAGGGUUCCUUAUACAACUGCACGCAUCUUUACUUCAAAUUACACCUAUUCCUUCCCUGUCAGUCCAGGCCGAAUGUUCUUACGCCUAUACUUCUUUUCAACUGCUUACGAAUACUAUGCUGUCUCAGAUGCCGUCUUCGGAGUCACGUCACGGAAUCUUGUCCUCUUAAAUGACUUCAAUGCUUUGCAAACAGCUCAGGCGAUCACUUCUGCCUACCUUGUGCGUGAAUUCUCGGUGAAUGUUUCUUCAGGCAGCUUGGACCUCACCUUUGCACCAUCAGCACAACAGUAUGGGUCUUAUGCAUUUGUGAAUGGCAUUGAGAUUGUGCCCACGCCUGACAUCUUCGCAACACCUGACAUAAGAUUAGUCAGCGGUGAUAACACAUCUCCAUUCACAUUCGAUGCUGACAUGAGCCUCCAGACUAUGUACCGGCUCAAUGUCGGGGGCCCAGCCAUUUCCACGGAAGGUGACUCGGGCUUUUACCGCUCAUGGGCCAAUGAUGCCCAAUACAUACUUGGUGGCUCUGGGUUGACCUUUUGGAAAAAUGAUAAUUUGACUAUCAGUUAUACAUCUAGAGUGCCGAAUUACACCGCCCCAGUUGAUGUCUAUGGUACAGCUCGGUCGAUGGGGCCAACUGCACAGAUCAACCUGAACUACAACCUUACAUGGAUUUUUCCGGUUGAUGCAGGUUUCUUUUACCUCCUAAGGUUCCAUUUCUGUGAGAUUAAGUAUCCUAUUACCAAGGUGAAUCAGAGGUCAUUCUUCAUCUACAUCAACAACCAGACAACGCAGAAGCAAAUGGAUGUCAUCGUCCGGAGCGGAGGAAUCGGUAGACCAACGUACACUGAAUAUGUUAUCAUGGCUAUUGGUUCUCGUCAGGUGGACAUGUGGAUUGCACUUCACCCUGAUCUUUCAAGUAAACCACAGUAUUCGGAUGCAAUUCUGAAUGGUCUCGAGGUCUUCAAGCUACAGAAUUACGGACCGAGCAAUCUUGCUGGGCUCAGUCCUCCACUUCCGCAAAAGCCUGAUGUGAAUCCUACUAGGCUAUCUAAUGGUGAAAGAAAAUCCAAAGGUGGCAUACAAGCAAUCAUCGGUGGUACUACUGGUGGUUUUGCUUUAUUGUUGAUUGCCCUUUUCAGCAUGUGUGUUAUAUACAGACGGAAGAAGGUAGCGAAGAGUCCCGGCAAGACCGACUAUGGACAUGUGAAGCAUCCAACUAAAUGCAUAAAGUCUACAUGUGAUCUUGUACGUCAUUUCUCAUUUGCUAAAAUUCAAGUUGCCACCAAAGACUUUGAUGAAGCACUUAUUAUCGGCAGAGGCGGUUUCGGGAAUGUCUACAUCGGCGAUAUAGAUGGAGGGACAAAGGUGGCAAUCAAGCGAUGUGACCAGAAAUCCCAACAAGGCUUUCAUGAGUUCCAGACUGAAAUCGAGAUGCUGUGCAAUUUCCGCCAUCGCCACCUUGUGUCUCUGAUUGGCUAUUGUGAGGAGAAGAAUGAGAUGAUUCUGGUGUAUGACUACAUGGCUCAUGGAACACUGCGUGAGCAUCUGUACAACACCAGGAACCCACCACUACCGUGGCAGCAGCGCCUUGAGAUUUGCAUCGGUGCAGCCCAAGGACUGCAUUACCUCCACACCGGCGUAGAGCAAGGAAUCAUCCACCGUGACGUCAAGACCACCAACAUCCUACUGGAUGAUAGGUUAAUGGCAAAGGUUUCCGACUUCGGUCUGUCUAAGGCUAGUCCAGACAUUGGAAACACCCACAUGAGCACUGCUGUGAAGGGCACCUUUGGAUAUCUUGAUCCGGAGUACUUCCGGCUGCAGCGUCUCACCAAAAAAUCAGAUGUGUACUCUUUCGGGGUCGUGUUGUUUGAGACCCUGUGUGCGCGCCCUGUGAUAAACACUGAGCUCCCUUAUGAGCAAGUGAGCUUGCGUGACUGGGCGCUAUCUUGCUGGAAGAACGGUGUACUUGAGGAGAUUGUUGACCCCCGUGUUAAGGAGGAAAUCACCCCUGAGUGCUUCAGGGUUUUUGCAGAGAUAGCAGAGAAAUGUGUAGCUGAUCGUAGCAUAGAGAGGCCAUCAAUGGGUGAUGUACUUUGGAACCUUGAGGUCGCACUCCAGCUGCAGCAGGCUAGUGCAAGCUACAACAGCAACCGUGCAGAGGGUGCUUCAUCUCUUCAGAUCAGCGCGGUGCAUUCAGACAAACCAUCCACCAACUCAACAAUUAGCAUCGCAGCACAGGAAGCCAUAUUUUCAGAUAUUGCGCAUGCAGAAGGCCGAUAAAAACAAACUGCAGGUUGCUAUUUUGUUAUUUUGCUACAAGGUUGUUCAUUGCCUCGGUUAUCUUGAUGUAGUAGUAUUAACUACAGCCAUAUCUGACUGAGCUAUCAAGGAUAAAGGAGGGAUCUACAAAGGACAUAUUACCCAAAUUUUAAGCACUCUCCCUUCUCCGAGUCAAUGAAGAACUCAUCAACAGUGUAAUCAAUCUAAUUGGGAUUACGAAGGUGCCCAGCGGAUAUCCAAUGUCACCCCUUCUGAUUCUCAGCGUCUUAUCCAGCUUGUUGAGAGGCCGCGUUUGCGAUGGCAUGGCCAAGAAGCCGGCGACGCCACUGAGGCACCUGUAGCCUCAUCAUUGCUAUGCGUCGCCAGAUAUAUGGAGCUAGUGGAGCCAUAAUUACAGAGUGAAAGGUAGACAUACAUUUUUUUAGAUAGUAUGCUUAUUCCACAAAAUUCCUAAGAAUUGUUUAAUUCAAUGCCCACCUACACUCGAACUUUUUACAUUCAGUCAAACAUUUUGUUCGCCCAUUCAUUUUACAUAAUCUUUCAACUUUCACAUAUUCUGUAAUCAUCGAUUUUGCACUCGCAUAUUCAUGUGUGUUCUUUAUUGUUA